UGACCGUGAUCUCAGCCAAGAGUUACAGCGGUCGUUGUCGAAAUUUUCACAUCUUACCAAAAAAGCUGAGGUAAGUUUUUUAAUGGCCAGUCGGUUACCGAAGAAUCCUAAUACACAGAAACAGUAAAGAAAAAAACAACUCUCUCUCUCUCUCUUCUAUAAGUUUGCAGACAGCGGCUCUGUUUUGGUUUUUGUUCUUAGCGCUCGCUCUCUCGUGAAACCGAACCCUAAUUAAAAAAAAAACCCACAUCGCGUCUCCUUCAUUUUGCGUUGCAACCCCAAGCACAGCCAGUAAAUACCCCCCUCAGAAAUAUCGCCCAAACCCAAUUCAGCGAUAACAAGAGAUGGCCGUUGAUGCUCACCGUCUGUCUCCCAUCCUCUCUUCGCAGUUCUUACCCACCAGGGAAAUAUUGAAUCCCCCCGAAACAUACGAUCCCAUUUACGGUACUCAGAUGAGAUACAGCACCGUUCCAUUGUUGAGAUCGACGUCGGCGACUGGCGAAACCGCUCCUUCGAAUCCGAUGUGUAAUAUAGCGGCAACAACGACAAUACCCGCCCCGAAUUAUUUGAUUCCUCACGCCCUGAAACCGGUGAUUCAAUCUGUCACUUUUAACGACGGGAGUAAGAGUAACGGCGAACAUAUUCUUCCCGUACCGUCGUCUGUGAGGAAACGGCCGAGAGAGGAUUCCGUCAUCGUCAACCCGCCUCGAUCUUCUUACCUGCAGCGCCAGAAACCUUGCAGCCAUCCUAUCAUGUUCCUCGGACACGACAUGUCCCUUAACGUCCAACAGCAGCAGCUCGACGUCGAUCGCUUAAUUUCCCAUCAUAUGGAAAGGAUGAGAAUGGAGAUGGAAGAGAAGAGAAAAAGGCAAGGGAGGAGGAUGACGGAGGCUAUAGAAAAUGGGCUGAUGAGGAAACUCAAAGUCAAAGACGAAGAGAUAGAGAAAAUGGGGAAGAUGAACGCGUUUCUGGAAGAGAAGGUGCGAUCACUCUGUAUAGAGAACCAGAUAUGGCGGGAGUUGGCAGAGUCCAACGAAGCAACAGCAAACGCGCUGCGGGCAAACCUCCAGGAGGUACUAAACGCCGUCGAGAGAAGAGAAGGGGACGAGCAGUCGAGCUGCGGCAGCGGCGGAGGAGUGGAGGAGAAGAAGGCGUGCAGGUGCUGUGGAGAAGGUGAAGCCUCUGUCUUGCUGUUGCCUUGUAGGCACAUGUGUCUCUGCGCUCUCUGCGCUUCUUCUCUUACCACUUGUCCAAUCUGUCAUUCUUCUAAAAACGCCACUCUCCAUGUCAACUUCUCAUCAUCUUGAACCCUAUAUUAUACACAAAUAUGGUGGAUAUAUGUAUAUAUAAACGCUUCUUAUCUAUUGGGUCUAUUGGUGGUGAGUAUAACCUUGACAUAGUAAUAGAUCUAAGAUCUUUGGAGACGGUGUUCA